AUGAAACCCAAGGUCCGAUCCUCGUGGAAAUACCACUACAAAUGUCUUCCCGAUGAACGCAAGAGUUUUCGACUUCUCAAGCUAUUACCUGGCAAAGGCGAAGACCCCAUACGAUGCGAGCUUUCGAUCGAAGACGUCGACAAUGCUCCACCUUAUGAAGCAAUAUCCUACACCUGGGGAGAGCCAGCAGAUAAAAUCAGCGUCCUCUGCCAUGGAAAGCACACUAUAGUCGCAAUCCACCUGCGCGAUGCACUCCGAAGACUGAGGCAUGAAAAUGCUAGCCGAACCCUUUGGGCAGACGCUAUAUGUAUCAACCAAGGCGACAAGAAAGAGCGUGGACAUCAAGUUCAAAUUAUGGGGCCUAUAUUUGAACGCGCCCAAAGGGUCCUCGUAUGGCUUGGCCUGGGCACAGACUUCGAUUCAGGUGCUGCCUUUGAACUUGUGAGGUCACUGUAUCCCAUAUUCGAUGCUCUUAGAUAUCCUUCUCCUAAUGUCGAACCGCCUGACCUCGAAGCACACGUCGCAUGUGUCGCACAAUCACAGUGGGAGGCUUUUGGAGAGCUUCUUUGUUGUCCAUGGUUUACACGCGUCUGGAUCCUCCAAGAGAUUGGCCUUGCUUCUGAAGCUCUAGUGUUCUGUGGC